UUUGGCAAAGCAUGAUGGCCGACGAUGUCGUCUGGCCGUUUGUUUCAACGUACUUUGCACACGCCGGUCUUGUGCCCCGGCGAUGGCGUUUGUCCUUAGCCGCCGCCCCGCUUGCGGUCGCGAGUGGACUCGUUUCAUUUCUCAUACAGUACUGCGGAAAAGUCUCAGGCCAUCGCCGGGUUGGUUCGUCUUCUCGAAUUGUCAAACGUGAACUCGUAGGACGCACAAAACCUUGGAGAGGGAUGGACCGAGAAGGGGGAAAAAAAAAACAUUCAACGGACAACUAAGAUUUCUCAUUACUCUUUGGCAAUGAUGGGGUUUAUUGUUACAAGUCAAUCAUUGGAGUCCGAAUCCUUUUGGCACCUGUUUCGCAUCCUCCGUGAACCAGACGCCAACUUGCUGACUAACAAGUAGACGGAGCAACGGACGCAAAUGCAAAGCUGUGCAAAUUGUGUUUUGCAGCCCAUCCUUGCCUGAGUUCUGCAAUUUUUUUGGACCCCAACCGUUAUGGCACUGGCAAGACAACAAAUGGAAAUGGCGGCCUAAAACUUUUGCACAGCACUGUAUAAGAUGUCCACGGGCGCAUAUUUUUUUCCUCGGCAAAAAAAAAACAAAGCCUGAAGUCUUUCAUCAAAUGUCCGCGCUUCAUCAGCAUGUGCGCGCCGCACUGUUCCUUGGCGGCCAAGGCCAGCACAAGACAAUACCGUAGCUUCUUGCAAUCAGAGGAGCUCUGAAAAUGCUAGGGCAGAAAUCGAGUGGCGUCGGUGCGUCCCAUCCAGGCAGUAAGGAGCUUGGACCUGCUCUGACUUUCUAGCCGGCCGGCCUCCCUCCCUCCUUAAGAUGAGCCGAUCCACUCGGAGCUACGCGUGGUUUUCGCCUUUUCAAACAUAAACGGGAAAGCGUUCUGACGUAUGCAUGUAGUAUAGGAUUCCAAUGAUGUGUUUUGCACUGUCUACAUAAAAAUGUGAAAAAAAUGUAUAUGCUAGCUAGCUAACCUUUGCCUGCUAACAUUUUUAUAUUUUGUGAAAACUAACUAUUGUAGCAAGGCGCUAGCCUUUAGCUCUGCGAGUGGCGUCAUCGUGAUUGACCGACCUCAAGGGAAAAGCGCCAGUGUUGUUAGCACUGACACGCUAAUGCCACGCGUGCCGUCCGUCUUUGAGUGAUGUCACGUAUGAAUCGUCUUGUUUUUGUUUUUACAUUUCCCGUCUUGAAACGUGUGCACAGUGACUGUAAACGACUUGUGCUGACGUGAGAAUUGCAACCUUCUGACCGUAUCAAUCGUUUUCCUGCCCAAAUAAAAGUUUGUGACCGUGAGAAAAGCCACGUGAACCUGUGCGAUGACGCUUGUUUUGGCGUGCAAAGCAAUGAAGUUAGCUAUUUUUGACUUGUUUUCCCCACAGCGACUGCAUAUUGCCUUUCUCUUUCUUAUCCAAUGUCAUGACUUGCCCUGUUAAGGUGUUGAAGUUUCAUAUUUGCAGUGUAAAAUCUUCAAAUGAAUGGGACCAACCAAUUUGUUGCUCUGUUUCAAUCAUUCUUGUUUGGUCUGGAUGACGGAAGUUCUUUGAACCCCGACGACGUUCGAACGACAAGACUGCAAAGACCUUUUGAGGAAAUCACCUCGAGACCACAUCUUCCCGAUUUCCUUGAUUCCAUUUUAUAAAUGUGAACUGAGCAACGUUGCACCUUAUGACACGUCUAAAAAAAUCCUUUCGCCCUCCAAUGCCUUGACGUCACGCCUACGUGACAUCCCCCUGGCCAGCGCGCGGGCGACGGAGCGCGUUCCAAGCCGACGACACUCGCGCGCGUCUGUGCGUGCGCGCCCUCUGUUGGUCAAACACCUGUUGUUUCUAUGGAGACGGUAACAAACGCACCCAUGUCGAAGGCGCGUUUGAGGUCGUCCACGCAGCAAGUUCGGGUCCGAAUUGGUUGUGUGUAAAAAAAAAAAAAAAAGAAAUUUGUAUUUUUUUGGGGCUCACGCAGAUGACGUCACUCAAGCGGCAGCGUUUGCAGCAGGCUGGCGUUAGCAUGUCGGAGAGCCGCGUGGUUCCGAGCGGCAAUGUUUACCAGCAGCUCUUUGGUGAUCAGGUUCGUCUGUCCAAAAGUUUGUUGGCUGCGCGCAAACACACGGCGACGACGCGUGUGCGUGCUGCCGACUGUGACACACCGUGCAGCGCUAAAAGCAGGGAGCAUCCCGGCGCCGAGGAUAACGCUGGCCGAGAGGAUGACGGUGAAGGCGACGCGGAGGCGGUGGUCAGGCUUCCCGACGCCGUGGAGGCCCGGCACCAGUCGUGCGACAUCCUGCAGCGCGUCCACCAGAACAAGAAGAUCCAACACCAGGAAGCUGUGCGCCAUGUGCACGCGCAACUCACACACCUGGCGCAGUUGUGCGAGGAGCAAGUGAGGACCCACAGCGUGCAACUGAGGACCAAGCUGCAAAGGAUCGAUGCCUCUUUGCACAAGCUGGCGCAGGACAUGACGCACGUGCAGCAACGCAGCCUGCAGGAGGUGUUGUGCGUGUGGAGCUCGGUGGAGGCUCACAUGAAGGAGAAAAAGUCCAGCGUGUUGACCUUUGAACUGCAAGUCAACCAGUGUGAGCGACUGCGAGUCAACAAGAUCAGACCUGUUCUGCGGAGGUACUGCCACCUGCUGGAGAAGAUCAACUUCCUGCCUUGCACCAACACGCAUAUGCACAUCCACAGCCAGGCCACGAUGCUGAAUCAGUGCCUGCUGGCCAACCGGCGCAGCGCGGCACGCCUCCUGCUGCUGCUGCACGAGGAGGCCCUCCAGCAGGAGGCGCUCUUGCGCUUGCAGUGGGAGGAGUCGGUCAGCCAGUGGAGGCGGAGUCAGGCCGGCCACAUGCUCCAAGAGUUCAGGUUGUCGGUGGCAAGCGUGGACGUGUGGCGUCUGCUGUCGGAGCAGCAGACCUUCCGCGAAGCGGACCAGAACCUGCGGCGGUUGUCCCAGCGACGCUGCGACAUCGUCAAGGGCCUUGGUUCCCUGGCCCCGCCCUCCCUCUCGGCUGCGAUGGUCUCCGAUUGGCUGGCGCAACUGACGGCGGUCAAUCAACAGAUCGACACGUGUCACGCCGACUUCCUUCAUCAGCUGCGUUGUCAUUACGAGCUGAUGUGGCAGGAUCGCGUGUCCCAAGUCAAGCGUUGCCAGGAGGCACUGUCUGCGCUGGAGCUGCCGGAGGAGGAGGUGAGCGAUGUGGUCAAGUCUCAACUCAUCUCUCUGAUCGGACAACACCAGAGACAAGACGAAACGCAGCUGGCCGCCAUCGACACGUGUUCCGACAGCCUGUACCGCGCGUCGGCGCGUCUCAGCAGACGUGUCUUUGUGGUCAUGAGGGCCCUGGCGUCGCUGUGGGAAAAGCACUUCAGCGUCCUGCGGGGGCGAGAGGAGGACGUCCAGCGGCGCUUGGACCAACUGCAACUAACGCACGAGCGACACGUGCAGAGGAAGAAGGUGUUCCUGGACGAGCUCCUGGCCGCGCUUCGUCAGGAGAGCAGCGAAGUGGCCUUGAAGUCGUCGCUGGAGCAAACCAUCAUCUACCUGCGCGACAUCAGGAACAGCUGCUGCGAGUGUGUGACGGACCAGUGCGCCGUGUUGGACCGCCUCCCCCGCACUGUCGCCGAUGAGCUUCUGGAGUCGGCCGACUCCCUUGGCAACUUCUUCCGCCUCUUCGCCUCCUUUGCUCCUAGUGCAGAAGACCUGAAGAAGCUGCCGCCAGUCAGUGACGUCAUCGCCAGCGACACUCAAGAGGGUCGUCAAGAGGGCGGGACGAGAGAGGAGGAAGAGCCAAUCGGCUGUCGGGAUGACGCGGCACACGAGGAGAUUUCCGAUUCGCUGGCCGAGGCUGAGUCGUCUCUUCUGGAGCUGUACGACCUCAGCGGCAAGGUCACCUUCAUGUCGUCUGGGGGCGUGUCCUACUCUGGCCCCGCCUUCAGAUGCCCCGGCUCCGACCUGCCCGGCAACAUGAGCAAGCAACAGGAAACGCACCUGAGCGUAUUUCCUGUCGAGCUUCUCAUGCACGCGCUCAACAGGAUGCGCAUUUUGUUCCUGGAUUACGUGGAGCGGCGUUUUCAGGACGUCCUGACGUCGGCUGUGGCCACGGUGACGGACAGGAAGGAGGCGGUGCGCGCCUACCACGACUUGCAAAUGCAGCCGCUCGAUCCGCUACACAUCAAGGCGUGCAUCUACAUCCCGCGCAUGGCCGAGCUGCAGCUGCACAAGCAGCGUGUGGACGCUCACUGCCAGGAAGUGUCGGACGUGCUGGCCUCGUGCACGGCAGCCUUGCAGGAGCUGCGGACGGCCAUCAACGAGAAAAACCGGAAGCUGACCGCCACGCUCGGCGAGAUGGAGGACGGCGUCCUCAAAACGGACGGCAGCCAACGUCUGGAGGCCCUUAGCGCCACUCUGCAGGACCGUCUGGACGAGCACAUCAAGCACACUCAGCGCUCGCACUCGUCCUUCCGGGCGGCGCUUCAGCUGCAGAUGGACGAGCUCCGAAACCGGACGGCGCGCCUCCUCAAAUCGUUCAGGCUUUUCAGUGAAGGGGGCGACUACACGCGUCAGGAGGUGAAAACCUUCCAGCGGCGUCUGAAGGAGGAGAGCAAACGCAUCAGUGUCACGGAGGAGAACGUCUACACGGACCUGCACAACCUGCAGACCAAGACCUUGCAGCAGGUGAAGGCGGCGUCCGGGCGUCUGGAGGAGAAGCUGUGCGUGCUGCAGGCCGAGGUCAAGUUCAUCGAGUUGAUCGAGAGGAUCCUCAGCAGCACUCAAGUGGAGGUCAAAGCCGAGGCAGCUAGCAGCAACCAGCAGGAGGCGGUCAUCGGCGCGCGGCUGGAGCAACUCAGGAAAACCCUGGAAGAAGAGCAGGUGAGCGUGGAGCAGGUGUUCGCCUUGUUGUCGGCCAUCGGCGAGGACCUGAGGAGGCGGAGACAAUACUUGAACGAGGAGAGCGCAGCUCCUCCCGCCGUGUCCAAAUCCAGAAAGCAGGUGUGGUCGGCCCCGCCCCUGGCCUUGCUGCAGCCCUGCCGCUCGGGCGGGAACAUCAUGGAAGACCCCAUAGUGGGCGUGGUCAAGUCACUCAACAGGUUCUCUGAAGGUCAAAGCCCCGCCCAGCAGUCAUCGAGACGCAGCGAAUCUGCCGGCGUCGCGAGGUCGUUCAGGACUGACAAAAGGCUCCAGAUCUUUGGCACCAAGUCAGAAGCAGAUCCCAAUCCAGAUUGCUACAUCUCCAUCGUGAACGCCAUACUAAGGAGGACUCAUCAGACCCUUCUGCUGGUUGCCAAGGACUUCUACCAGAGUCAACGCUGCGGCGGCUUCCAUCGACUUCCUGCCGGGCUGGACCAGUGGGUGGAAAACACGCAGCAAAGGCUUCUGGGACAUCACGAAAACUCCCGCUCGCUGCUCAGCGCCAGCAGGGAAGCGCUGGAGCAGCAGCAGUGCGUGUUGGCCGACAUGAUGCAUUUGCUGCCCGCCACCUUGAUCCGUACGCACGAGAAACGGCUGGGGGCGGAGCUGAGGGAAGAGGCGGGGCGAGUCCGCCGCUCCUUUGAGGAAACCAUGGCCGCCAGCGAGGAGGAGAAGAUGGCAAACGUGGCCGGUCUCCGCGUGUCGCUCUCCACCAAUGAGAUGGAAGCACUGAGGCGUGGCGAGGAGGCCCGACAACAGAGACUCCACGACGCUAUCUUGGGCUCGCAUCGGGAACUGCAGGAGUGCAUGAGACGCAGAGCCGAGGAGUUUGUGACGUCACUGGCUUCUCUGACGGAGCACCUCCUCCAUCAGAUGGACCGACUUCCUCUACCAGAAGUGACCUCGCAGCAGAUGUCGGAGGACAGAGAUGUUGCCAUGGAGACCACGCAGCAAUCCUGCAGGAUGUGGCCGGGCAUUCCUCACAUGUCGCUCCCCGCCAACGCCGCAUCCGCCCUGAGCGCCGCAACCACCGUGGCCGUGGCCACCACCAAGUGCACCCUGGGACAUCUGGCAGUCAUCCAGCACAGGGACGCAGCCGCCAAGCGCUUUCAGCAGGUGUUCUCGUCACAAUUGUCGCAUUCCGACGCAGACAAACGAAGACGACUUAACGAACUUCAAAGCUGGAAGACGCACUGGAGGCUACAGUUACACACGCUGACACACUGAACACGGACACACUACAUACACACUGUUGGCUGGAAUAAAGCACAAGAUGGAGCCAAAAACGCA